GCUGACGUCACCGCGCUCUGUCCCCGCCCCCUGCUUGUGUGCGGCUGUUAGCGGAAGUUUCGUUCCGUCGAGAACUGGGACAGCAAGCGGUGAGUGUAUGAAUUCGUACUAAGCUAAUGGGCCGCGGGUGGGAUUUCCACCGCUUUAAACGGGUCCGAACCGAUUCUUAUUCGAGCGUAGUGAUAUUUAAGGGGUCCUCAAACGGAGGGCGCGCUAGAGGUCCGAAUUUUAGCCGUUAAUGUUAGCUUGGAGCGGACAUGAAAGGAGCCGUUAGGAGACAAUGCAUGAGUGUGUGCGGCGUUAGCUAGCAUCUGUACCGUACUACCGUCGGCUCGGUUAUUGUGUAGAGUGUGUGUUAGUGUGUGAGUGUGUGACUAAACCGGGAUUAAACUCGAGUGCUACUGAGGACGAUGAUGAUGAUGAUGGGUCAAAUAACAGAGCUUAGCUUCAGCCAUUCAUUGUCUUUUCCUCCACCUCCUCUUCUCCACCUCCUCCUCCUCCACCCGCUGCUUCCUCUGCAGACUCUCCACACAUUCAUCUGAUCACGUUAAAACCUCAAAGAUUUUAUUUUCUGUUUUAUUUUUUAAUUCGACCCCUGCUAGCUACCAGAGCAGAGAGCUGCUACUAGAUAGAGUGUGUGUGUGUGUGUGUUGGAGGAGGGGGAAUGCCUGUCACUCAAUGCCGCAUAUUAUCCUGUUGUUUGCCAGCCAUCCAUAGCCACUGAGCAAAGAGCUGUGUGUGUGUGUGUGUGUGUGUGUGUGUGUGUGUGUGUGUGUGUGUGUGUGUGUGAGACUGCAGCACGCUCCUAUUUUUCCGUGUUUGACUUAAAUGUAAUCGGAGUCACGCAGGAUGGAGGAGACUCGUGAUGUGUUUUAACUUGGCUGUAGCAUUUGAGUCGAUUCUGUUUGUCGCCUCCUGACCUGCUUUGUGUCACAAAAAAAGAAGAAACAGCAGAAACACUUAUUCUCAUUUUUUUUACCACACACCUAGUAUCGUUGUUGUAGCUUUGUAUGGAAGCCUUAAGCGGACAAGCAUCCAUACAUUUAAAUUAAUUAACAUUUAUAUAGCGCCAAUUCACAAAAACAUGUCAUCUGCAGGAAGAAACCAAAUGAAAACACAACAUUGAUAUUAGAUAAGAUUGUGUCUCUUCUCGUAAGAUCUCCUAUCCCUCCUUAAUCAAACAUGAUUUGACUCUUUGCAGCAUUUACUAAGUCACAGUGACAUAGACAAACUAUCAGCACAACCUAACUCGUGGUUACAGUAACAAAGAUGAUACUGGUCUUACCCCCAAAUCCCACCGCAUCCGGAACAGCUACGACAAGGCUGUAUCAGUCGAUCGUAGCUGAUCGUAACCAUUCAAGUUAACGUGUCAAUUUCUACCAGCUUCUUUCCGUUCCGCUGCCGAUCGCCGGACUCCGCAGCUGAUCGCAAGAGUUCUGUUUCUGUUUUUUCCGGACGCCGUAGCAUGGCGGAUAAAUUCAGCACAGAUUAACCUGUGCUGGAAAGGAAGUCGGGCACAGACACAAAAUAAAACAUCCGGCUUCUUUUCAAAAUAAAACACUCUGUGUUUCAGGCGGAUCGUAUUUCACACUAUGCAAAAGUAACAAAGAAGAUGCUUUAAGUAUAUGUACUAUUUAAGUAAAGAGAAUGAUGAGAGUAAUAGUAUUGAUACUCUAGGAUUGUCUUGUAAAUGAUCAACUGCUGCAGAAUCCUCCUUUUUUUUGACAUUAUUAAUAUUGUAGGCAGCGUAUUUUUUUAGUACUCUUCGACUCCUGCUCCUACUCAUACAUUUGUAAUUCUGCAUUUCCAAAACCAUGUCUAUAGUUUUUGGCAUUGAACACCUUCAGGGGACUGUUGACAACAAAGAAAUAAUCAAGGUUAAAGGGAAAGAGAGAGUAAACAAUGAGAUCACCAAAGUGACUCAAACCAGGAGAAAUAUUAGAUGUCAGUGACUCGCAUCACUUUGCUACAUGUUAUUUGCUCAAAGAAAACAACUCGUAAUAGCGUUCAUCAAUCUUCAAAUAGAUUAUUUAGUUAUUUAUUGAGGGAAAAAGUGAAACUUUCACAGUGGGAAAAGGAGCGCCUUUAUUCUGACUUGAUGUAAUUCACUCUGAUGGAAAAGAAGCGGUUAAUCUUUACAUUAGAGCGCAGCUGUCAAGUGAUUGUCACUUCGCAGCGAGGAGGCCCCAGCGCUGACAUCCAGACAUUAUCGCUUCAGUGUUUGGUUAAAUUAUCAGGGUCUCUGGCUCAAGAGUUGCAUGCUGUCACUGUUCUAAAAACCAUACAAAUGAAGAUUUUAACUAGUUUCAAAAACUUAAUUUGAUCAUUUAUAUUAAGCAGCUGUUUGGCAACAAAAGCACAAAUACACUUGAGUCUUAAUCCACAUUUUUUUGGUAUAAAAAGGCUCAAUAUUGCAAACAAAAUGACUAUUUCAAAUGGGCUCUGGCUGCCAGUUUUUCGGACAUUUUAAAGAACAAUUUGAUGAUUUCAAAACCUGCUCCUGUCUCAGAACAGAUCUCCACAAUCUCCAUCACAGACCGUCUUGUGUCUGAUUCACGCCGUCUUUUAUACUUUCAAGGCUUCCUUGAGUGUCAGUGGGUUGUCGUCGGUGCAUUUCCACCCCUGACUUGAAUAUUUAUCGUAAGUGUUCGGUAAAUACCCAUUAUUAAGGACUGUGGAAAAUCAAGAAGCCCUUAAUAAUCAGGUUGUUGCUGCAGCCUUUCAUUUGUUGGAGUGCACUGUCAGACGGCAGGUGUAAGUCGAUACUCAGAAAUCAAAAGCUGAAUGAAUUCACAUACACGAGUAACUCUUUUCUCUCUGUAGUUUCUAACCUCAGCUUGAAUCGGACUCGAUGCUUGUGCACAGCUUGACACUAUUUAUAAGCACCGGCCUCCUCCAGAUGCACAGAGAGUGAGCCAUUGUUUCUGAGAGCAGCUCUGAGAAACCCACAUGGUGCUCUAUGUUGGCAGUGCACUGUACAGGUCACUGUUAAUCUACUCAACAAUAAUGGGUGGAGAAAAAGGGUACAAAAGUGAUUAACAGCCUCUUUGCAUGCUACCUAUUUCUGGGGCUUGUCCUACAUGUUGAAACAGAUUGUGUGAUGUUCCUGCACUCGCUCACCUCUGGCUCCCUCUCUGCGUUUCCUUUAUUAUAUCUUUAUUUGACUCCUCUUCCUUUUACUCAGACUGCUUUUAGUCAUGUUAUCAGUGAGGCUCAGGCUGUUCCCAUUUCAGUGCAGCUGAAUUACAUUUGUCAAAAAAAAAGGGGGCUUUCAGAGCCGAAGUAGAAAUUGGCGACGGCGAAUGAACAUCUUGUGACGCACGCUUUAAUCACAUCACCGUUUGUUCAUGUCGUUUGGUCAAACAGAAUCAGGCCGAGGUGUUGGACGCAGCUUAAUUCCCCCUGGUGGGAAAGUGGAGGAGGCCUCCACAGUUCUUAGUUUGGGUUUAGUGAAAAAAUGCGUUCAGAAUACUUCCUAAAAGUGCUGUAAUAUUAUAAACAGUAUGUACUGGUAGUAACAUACAGUGGCUCAUGUGUUGGAAUCAAAAACUUUGUAAGUAAAGAUCGGUUUAUCAACUUUUAUUUGUCGUCUGGACCUGAAAAGCAGGCGUAGACUGACCUCCUUGUAAUAGUAUUUACUAAGACCCAACAUUAAUCCACCAUGAGCAAAUAACGCUGGCAAGAAAAGCUUCUUUUAACAGACUGAAACCUCGAGCAGAGCCAAACCUCUGUUGAACAGCCACCUGCUUCACCUGCAGCUGAUAAAAACACCUGUCCUAUUACCAACAUGGUGAUGAAAGAGAUGUCAGUGAAGGAGUCUUAUUUCUGUCUGUAAAAGUGACAAGAAAAGUUUCAGCAGGUUUUAGUUUAAGAAGGAAAAACGGUAAGAAGGGGCAAUGGGGACUAAUGAACAUUUAGGCAAAUUCUCAGUCAAUUUAACGUCCCAACUUAGUACUUUUAAAACAUCAUCUACUUUAUUUUUGACUCUUAGAUUAUGUCUAAAAUUUAUUAUUUUUUAUACUACAUUGGCAGAAUACACGCUGUUAGUGCUAUACAAAUAACUACAGAUGCCCUUAAGGUUGAAAAUCAGAUGUUAAGAAUAACAGUUAUCUAGAACCAGUUAAAUUAGCAUUACUUUUCUGAACCUUUGUUGUGUGUCUGCGUCUCAAAUUGGAGAUCUAAUGUAUUUUAAUUGCCGUCCCCCUCCUCUUGAAACCCUUUAAAAUGUCACUGGGACAUAUCUUUACAAACUGGACGGCUCUCAUCUUCCUCAGAGACGGCGUUAUUCCUCCACACAGCCGACAUUUUCUUUCUCACAAAUCCAAGCUUGUGACCAAUUUCUGCCCGUUAAAAUCCCCCCCUCAGUUUACUAGUUUGCCAAUAUUACAUUUAUGAGAGAAGAUAAAGAUAAGAUGCAAUAAGAUACACAUGACAUUUGAGCAUGGAGCGUUAUUUGCCCGCGGGCUGAUGUUGGUCUCAUCAAUUUUUUUUAAGGUCAGGUAUUUUAAUGGUUCUUGAAAUGAAAACAUUAUUCAAGUUGAACUGUUUGAGAGGUAAAGAGAGGAAAUCACAUGUUGAUAAAUCAGAUGUUAAAGGUGGGGUAGUCAGGAUCUGAGGAUGUUCCAGUUUUUAGAAGAAAUCUUGAAUGUAAACUCUACCCCUCCCAACCAGUUUUCCCCUCAGCUCCUCCUCUCCCCUCAAGCCCCGCCCACAAACAGACGCUCCUGCUCGCUUGUAUCGUUCCAAUUAAAUUCAGAUAUAAUGCAGAUAAAUCCUUCAGAUCAUUACAAAUGGGGCCCAGUCAAGGUGAAAGUCAAAAGCAUUGGUGCUACUGUAGAUGCCAACAGACUACCAGCAAACACAAUGUUUGCAGGACUUCUACAACGAGGAUAAAGUGACAUAGUCCAGGACCCGAGGGAGGACAGUUUAGCGAUGGCGCUACAACACGCUACAGCAGGUCCGUUUGACAAGAAACACUUCAGUUACAGACACUUGUCUUACUUUGUUAAAGCGGUUUACCUGUCCAGCAGAAAGGUUACAAGAUCCCAAAGCCUGUUGACCCGGCUUUUUAGCUCUUGUCCGGUCUACCUCCGUUUUAAGCGCCCGUUAUUCCUCCAGAGUCUCCGGUAUUUACUUUGUUUUCUUGCUUGUGUCGGCAGUCGUGGCCAAAGGAGGAUUCAGACAAUUUUCCGAACUUUCUGGUUGGUUUCUACUGUCCGAUAUUGUAGCACGCUAGAUGUUUCUUUAACGGAAUCCUGCCUACCCCACCUUUAACUUGAGUGCAGAUUGUUUCUACCUUUAACUGAAAGAUCAACAAAUGCGGGUAAUAUUUGCACCAUUUGCUUUUGGUUUAGGAGUUAUUGCUCAGUGUACCGAGGCUCCUCCUCUCUGCUGCAUGUCUUCCACAUCCAUCCAUCCACCCAGUAGCGGUUCUAGGCACGGGCGAACAGGGCAGCCGCCCGGGGCGGCAUUUGUGUCAUGACUCAUGGGGGGCGGCACGAGCACUUCCAAAAAAAUAAAAUAAAAGAUAAUAAUAAUAAAUCUUAACCGCAAAGCGGUUUUGUAUUAACUCUUGUUGUCAAAUUGGCGCCCCCCCGCUGCUGUGGGCGCCCCUGCUUGCUCCGAAGGUGCUGCACAGAGGCUGACAGACUGUAGGAGAUGAGGCGGGGAGAGAGUCGCGGGGGGGACAGCUCUGCUCUGUGUACGCAUGUCAGAAUAUCAGCGGGAGCGCGCAUACGUCAUUUUGUAGGUUUUUUAAUCACUUGGAGGCACUUGGAGAGGUGCUCGCCCGGGGAGUAAUUUGGUCUAGAACCGCCACUGCAUCCACCACAUUUAAAUGAAAAACUGCCCACAAAGAUCUUUAAAUGUGGUCAAAUCUCAUACUUGAAUAUUACAACAACACUGAAAACGUACCCACAAAAAACCACUUCAAUCCAUCCAGCCACCGAGGACAUUUUUCCUCUGAUAUGUUUGAUACUUGGAGAUUUAUUCCAGGCCUUUGUGCAGCUCUGAAUGAGACCAUUUCCUCCAGUUUAACUCUGCGCUGUUAUUAUUCCACUUUAAUUAUUCACCCAGGGUCAGGAUUCAGGGCAAAAACAACCUGCUUUUGUCCACUUUGGGUUGUGAAUCACACAUUCACCGCCAGCUUACAUGUAUUUUCAUCAGCGAACAUGACCUUCAGAGGAUCAUUUCUCAGAGCAAACAGGCGGGACGGAGCGGCGUUUAGCCUCCUCUGUCAUAACAGCGGUGGAAUUUUAACACCCAUGGACCAUAAUCCUGCUGGAGGUUUACACAUUAACCUCCACGUCUGAGACAUUUCCCCGUCUCCUCAUCUCCUGUUUACCAAUCAGACCGCCGGCCGGCUGACCCGCCCGACUCGUCUCAUUUCUCUUCCUCCUGUGCCACAUCUUCAGGGAGUUAAAGGGCAUCGAGAAGGGAAAGCUUUUACUGCCCGCCUUUACUGUAAAGAAACAACCUGAUCUCAUGCCUGUUAUCGGCGGCUGACUCACGGUGCAGAGUCGCACAUCUGCAGCUGAGUGCACCACCACAGGCAGAGAGAGAGAGAGAGAGAGAGAGAGAGAGAGGGAGUGUUUCAUUUGGUUAAUGUGUCUGGUUACUUGCUGACUUCAGACACCUGCCGACACACACAAACACAAACCUGGUGACUUCUGUUGUGGUUUUUCAGCAGCAGGCUCUUUGUGUCUUUGUGUGCUAGAAAUAUGUCCAGCUUUGUUUUUGCCCGCAGACUGAAUGCAGUGUUUGGUGACCUGCUCACCGUCAUCGCUAAUGUGAAAAACAACAUGACAGACACUUCUGUACAUGAAGCAGAGGCACAUGUGUCUCUGCAUGUCGCCUACUUUAAAUGAACCAGUUUCAGGAUUUGGACACACCCCGGUAAACAGGUUUGGAGGAAUAGAAAAGCCAACAGAUAUUUAGAUAGACAGUGUUUUAAUUUUAUUUAAUUUUAAUGAUGAAGCAGCUGAACUUUGACCUGUAGGAGAUGUCUUUGUGAGACCUCGGCUUCUUGGUGUUUUUAUGUUUAUUAUAUAGAUUAGUUUUAGAGGUGUCCCGAUAUAACUUUUUUACCUCGGAUACGAUACCGCUUUUGUAGUCUUCAGUAUCGGCUGAUACUGAUAUUGAUCUGAUAUUGGCACAAACUUGUGCAUGACAAGUUUUGCACUCACUUUAACGAAAAAUACUGCCACACGGCCGACAUCACCCCUACUCCUUACUACUUUGUUUGUACCUUAGUACACACUGCUGGUGUGAUUACAUUGGCUCUGCAUGAUGGGUCCAGGGGGCACUAUUUUUUUUUUGUAGGAUGGAAGGGGAAGGUCCCGCCCCCUCCGCCUCUGAUUGGCUACAAGUACUGGGCUCUGAUUGGUUAUUCCUUAUGGCUGUGAAACUUCAGCGUCUGUCGGGUUAGGAGAUUCAGAAUUGCAAUAAUGUUCUGUUCAAUAUACAGAGUCGACACCCCCGCGCUCAGAUUUAGCAUGUGAUAACCAAUAGGAGCCCAGCUUUUCAAGCCAAUCAGAGCCGAAGGAGGCGGGACCUUUCCCUAGCAUCUUACGAAAAAAAAAAAUCGCAUCCAGGGGCUGCUGGAUAGAGGCGCCAGCAGAGAAUGGAGUCUGGAAUGGACUGCUUGUAUCGGAGUGCUGAUAUCGGAGAUUUUAGAUGCAGGACGGUAUAAUCCGAUGUUGUUUUUUUUGCUAAUAUCGGACCGAUACCCAAUAUCAAUAUUGUAUCGGGACAGCCCUGAUUGGUUUAGUGAACAAACCAGGUGAGCAAAGGCAUUUAGAUGUGCAGACUUAAGAGGAUCGAGGGGCCGGACAAGGUGGGGUCAAAGGUGGCAGGAACCAACAGCUGUCCAAAAACGAAAUUCAAGGGCGACGGCGGUUUUCUGUGCUCCCUCUGCUUUACUAACACACGCCUGAUCCUCUCGCUGAGUCGGGAUGAGAGGAACCGCUGUGUGAGAGGAGUGCUGCGGAGAUUCAUGUUGUUUCUGAACAAACGCGGAUAACAGUUGGAUUUCACACAAAGAGAAUAAGAUAUAUAACCUCAUGUGAUAAGUAAUACAAGGUACAGGGUUAGAUAUUCGUUUGUCAGAAUGGAAAUAAUGUCCCAGUUUGCUUUUAUUCUUGUUCUGCAGAUUAAAAAAUCAGACUUUUUAAAUUUAACUUUAUCAGUCGAGUACGAUGUAAUUAAAGGAAACAGGAGCCUCGGGUGUGCGCUGACGGCUUUUAUUCUGCACAGAAAUAAACACAAAAUAAAAACGGUCCUGUGUUAUAUCUGUCAUACGAACAGCUUCAUUGUCAGAGUGCUCUGUUGUUGACGUCCAUCUUUGUGUUUCCCUCUGUCUUCAGCAUCUUCUACAGUGUAUGUGUGGCAACAACAUGUCUGUGCCGCUGCUCACCGAGGCUGUGACGGUGUCCGCCAAGGAGAAGGAGACCGCGGCGGUGAGUUCAACCACCAAACCACACUGAUACCCUGACUGAUAACCUUUUGACCCGUGAGUGGAAAAAGAAUCAAACAUCGCCGUUUCCUGGGGCUGUUCAGAUUCUUUGAAAAGAGGAGAAGUUUGACAUCUUCCUGAAUUAAACCAGAUCAGACAUUUAUUGUUCUGUGAGGCUCGAUGUGGAGGCCGGGCAAUUAGAAUAAUCUCUUUAAGGGACUGUGAUAAGAUUAAUGUUGGUUAUAAUUAACUCUGGAAAUUUUGACUUUGUCAUAUGACUUAAGAGCCAAUAAAACUGCAGAAAUAGCAGCAGCCAGUGAGUCUGUUCUUGCCUGCAAAGCUCAGUUAUAGCUGCUGGUGAAAAAAGAACAUGUCUGGUGAAAGAGAAUGAUGAAAGUCACUUCCUGUUUCUUUAAAGAGAGGCGAAAUUAUUGAGACAAGCGAUUAUGUGUACCUUGAACACAGCUCAGUGAAGCAGCCUGUUUCCUGGACGUGUACAACAUCAUCCAAAAAAUAAAUAAAAGGUGUUUUUCUCUCUGUUUAGACUUUAAUUAGAGUCUGGUUGCCGGCUGAAGAGAGACUUGUGCUGACGAGGGUCGGCUUGUUUAGCAAUAAAUCAUUGUCACCCUUUUUAAUCAGCACAGGAGUUGCCUGUUGGUCAAAUGAAGUAUUGAUACUUUUGAUUUUGUGGCCCUGAAAUGCCAAUCAAUUGCCACUCGCUGUACCUGUGGCUAACUACAACUGCUAUGGUCAUUUUGGUUACAAUCAGUGAACUUAGAGAAUACUGACAUUGUGUUCAAAUUUAAACCCCCAUAUUAGAUUUAUAGAUAAACCUGAAGCUUUUGAAUUAAACACAAACAUUUACUUUAUCACUGAUGUUUGAAACAGAAGAAAAAUCCACCAGCAGCUCCACCUGUAGCUGCAGCUGUAACAGGUGAUGUAACAGGCAAAUCACAGUAAGCAGACAGGCGGAGUGUAAAUACUCCUCUGGAUCUGAAGGUAGAAAUUAAAGGAGCUCUCGUCAGGUACGGCGCAGGGAUUUAUUCAGAACAGGAUCAAAGCUUCUUCUCAAACCCAACGUGGAGGAAAAACCUCUUUGAUCCCUUCAAAGAAAGCAGAGUCGCUCAUUUCCAGCAGCGAUUUUGUUUUUAUUCCCUUUCUUGGUUUCUCUGCGGGGAGCAGCGUGUGUGGAAAACGAGAGCCAGAGCUUAUCCUGGCGAAAAAGCAGCAGAUUGGCAGAACAUGCACCAGCAGUACAACAUGUACACACGAGUGAUGUGAUCUGAUUAAUUAUCGAAGAGAAAAUAGAAAAUACUGCACUGCUGAGCGAUUGAUGUUUCAGUGGAAGAUCGUGAUUAGAAGAUCUUUGUUUGUGUAUCUGAAAAGAGAAGCUUCUUUACAUUUGGUCUUUGAGUAAAGAUAAACUUUAUUGAUCAAUAAAGUUCUUCUUUUUGUGUGAAUAUGUAAAAGAACCAGAAAAGUCACCACUGUUGUUUUAAUGUGUUGCAGGUGAUUUUCCUCCAUGGACUGGGUGACACAGGGUGAGUGAUAUUUCUGUCUUGUACCUUUUAUAACCACAGCCUCUGGAGAAAUCCUUUUUUAUAUGAUAUUUUUAUUAGUUUUUAAGGACAUGACACACGGAGUUUAUUAUUGUCGAGUAACACAACAAUAAUAGUAGUUUAUUCUAACGGGAGACGAUGAACCAACAACACCAAAUCAAAAUGAGCUGUUUUGUUCCUGAGAGUCUGAAUAUUUCUUUAAUCAAUAUAUUUAUUGAACUUUUACAUAUACAAGUAUAAAAAACACAACAUCAAAAACAUGGACAGUUGGACAAUGAAAUGUGUAGUUCUCUCAUCUAUAAAAAGACCAUACGUCGAGUUGUCCAGACAACUAUCAAUAACAAUAUCAGUAAAUAGAAAGUAAAAGAUAAAAAAAGGACAGAGUGAUAUGAGACAGAACAGAAAUAAAUUAAAUAAUAAUAAUGAAAUAAAAUAUACAUAUACUCAGCACACUGCAUUAGCGUCAGCGCCCCAGCGUGUCUCCAAAUCUUCUCAAAUUCACUUGCUUUCUCUCUGGUGAUACAUGUUAAUUUCUCGAGUACAACACAGGAAGCCGUCUUUUUUGAUAAUUUGAUAGUUAACACACUCUUCAUUGAUUUUAUGUGUUUGUUUUUAACACAUAACACACAAGAAACUUCUUUCAACACGUUUUAAAACGGGGAUAUGGAUGCUCUGUAUGGAUAAGAGCAAUGUUAGACCUGCACAGGCUUGAGGAGACAGCAGGUGGUGCUAGCUCUGCUACUGUUAGCUUCUCUCACAAUUUGACUUUGUUGACCAGAAAUCGGUCGCUCUGAAACAUCUCUGUUUGUAACACCGAAGCUCCAGUGAGGAGUUCAACGCUGUCCUAAAACAAACAAGACUGAAUAGAAAUGCCUUUAUGUGAUGUGUAAUUGUUAGACCACAUGUUGUGCUCCAGCUGCUGUUCCCUUGGGUCUGAUAGUAAAAAAGUGAAUUAUUUUGUUGAAACUGGAAUCAAAGAGCUGUUUCUGUGUGUUCCCCUUCAGGCACGGGUGGGCAGAAACUCUGACGGAGAUCCAGCCGUCUCAUGUCAAGUUCAUCUGCCCCCACGCGUGAGUCUCUUUCUUCUACAAUCCUUCUGUUAAAAUUAAUGUCUUCAAAGUUACGACAGUUCAUAACCAGAUUUAUUAUAAGUCAUUGAAGUAACAUAAAGCUGUAGGGGAAGGUUAUAUUUGGAUGAAGAGGAUUUCUGUGAUAGAUGUUGUAAAUUUCCUCACAUUUUCAGUGAUAAACAGUCACGUUCACUGAGCUUUUAUGAUUGAUUUUUAAGAACAACUGGAGAUAAAGUCAAUUUUUCAAUCUGCUGUUUCGUUUCUCCCCACAGACCCUCAAUCCCAGUCACUCUCAAUAUGAAAGCGACGAUGCCUGCGUGGUGAGUUGGCGUGUUGAAAACACGAAACAGCCAUUUAGCUCAACAGUGGAUUCUAUUGUUUCCGUGGAAACCACAAUUGGGCCUCCAUACUGGGAUUGACAAUAGUGCGAUUGUAUCUAUUGAUUCGUCUAAACCCUCGUUUCUGCAUGUGCGCAGGUUUGACCUCAUGGGGCUCAAACCCGACACCCCAGAGGACGAGUCUGGAAUCAAGAAGGCAGCAGACAACAGUGAGUUCUGUUAAAGACCCGGUUAAAAGAGAUGUCGUUUCUCACCCUGUGGACUUCUCUGUGAGCUUUUUCUGCUGUCAGAGAAGAUCAAUCAGGUCCACAGUCACUGGAAAGCAGCAGUUCACCCUUGAAAGUCCCUAAAUCAAAGACUGGCACGGUUUAAUUUGUCAUGAACACAUAAUGUUGUUGUGGGGUGAUAUGUAAAAACCAGGGGUGUCCGAAGAGAAACCAGCGCAGCAAGGAUUUGUCAUUUUGUUUGUUCAUUCAGAUGCUGAUGAUGAGUGUCAGAGAGCUGUGAUUGAGCCGACCAAUUACCUCACAAACCAAUCAAUGAUGUUCCUUCCUUAGUGAUAUACACCGUAGUUUAACGGGACAUAAGCAACACACCGUCAGCAGUUUACUACAAAAGCUCAAUACCCUUACGUUUCUGACAUUAAAGAGGCGAAAGAAAACAAAUAACCUCGCCAUGAAACUUAAGCCCAGCUCAGUUUGGUGGAGAUAAAGAGGUGGGGACUAAAGGCAUUAUCAGAUAAGUGCGAGUCCUUUAUCAAGGUAAACAGAAUUGAAUCUAGGUCAUUUGAAGAGGCAAAUGUAUUGGCAAUGUCACCACCAGCCCGAGGUUUUUACAUAACCCGUCCACCAGAGGGCGUUGUCAUAUCACAAAUACAUUUUUUUUUUUUUAUUGACAUAAAACAUGUAAUUAAUUUUUGUGUAACAUCCAAAUAAAACUUGAUUUUAAUUUUUUCCCCCUGAUGCAACUUGCUGGACUCAUAUAAACCAAAAUACUCUCAGGAACUAACAGAUCCCAGAACUCCUCAUCCUGCAUCUUUUCUGCUGUUGUUGUCCACGACUUUAACAUCACGGUUUGAUAAGUCAAGGCUGAACUAGAUGAGCUGUCUCUUCUGAAUCACAGGGACUCUUCUAUGUAGAGUUUGUUUGUUGUCCUUCUGAUUUGUUUCCAUGACGUCUUUUCUUCCUGCUGUUCUCCAGUCAAGGCCAUAAUCGAACAUGAGGCCAAAAAUGGGAUUCCCCCUCACCGUAUCAUUCUCGGUGGCUUCUCUCAGGUAGGUCAUUACAUGAAGUAACCACAAGAGAAAUCGAUGAGACACAUGAAUAUGAAAUUAUGUAAACGAGUACUAAGAGAACCCUUUGUGUUUGUCUCCUCAGGGUGGGGCUUUGUCCUUGUAUACCGCCUUGACCUGUCAGCAUCAGCUGGCCGGCGUUGUGGCCCUUAGCUGCUGGUUACCUCUUCACAAGACUUUCCCUUCGGUACUCUCUCUCUCUCGCUUUUUUUUUUACCAGGAAGGAGAGAAGUUCUCUUUCAUCAGAUUUGACGAACAUUGACUCUUUUACUGGGUAUCGUUUAAGUCUGUCAUGUGUCUUUUCUGCAGGCGUCAAGCGGCAACAAGAAUAUCCCGAUCCUGCAGUGCCACGGCGAGGGUGACCUCAUGAUCCCGCCGCAGUUCGGUGCCAUGACAUAUGAAAAACUUAAAUUUAUAGUCAACCCUGAUCUGGUCAACUUCAAAACGUAUCCGCACCUCUCUCACAGCUCCUGUCCUCAGGUACCGCACUGGGGUCUAUGUGGGUGUUUGUGUGUGUUGCGUACAUUGGCAGAACAAAAGUGUGUGCGUGUGUGUGUUAAUUUUUUAUAUGUCCGAUAAAAGAUGACGUCCUCUAACUGAAAUUCAGAGUAGGAGUAGUUAAAUUUUUAUGGAGGUCCUGAUUUAAGUUGAAAAAGGGAGAAAGACAGUUUGUAUGGUGACAUUUAGACUUCACUUCCUGUCCACUCAGCAGUGUCGUCAAGAUGUAAAACCUUUGUUCAAAAAAAAAAUGCCAGCCGUGCACCGAUCCCAGACAAAACUUAUAGGAAGAAAUGAAAUGCAAAGCUGUCCAUUCAAGCUGACAGAACUUUUGGUGAAUUGGGUGAGCUGUAAUUUAAAAAAAAUCAGGUUUCCUUUUCCGUAAUCUGUCUAAAAUUAAUUUAGGGUCAAACACACCGUAACACCGAGUUAGACACCCCCUCGAGAGAUAAUUGUUGUCUGUGCUCUACUGAAGGAAACGCAGCUCAAGUAUUCACUCCGAGUGUCUCUCUUUCUCUGUCUUUUGCAGGAGAUGGUGGCUGUAAGGGAAUUUAUCGACAAGUAUUUGCCUCGAAUCUGACCUGACCUCAUCUCAUCCCCCACUGUGACCCUCUGAGACACUGACCUCCCACCCCCCAAUCUGCCGUUAUCCCACAGGAAACAGCCAUGAGCACCCAACCGACCCCAUUCUUUUACAACACAUCUGUAACACAACAGACACACAUACACACACGCUCUUACUCGCAGAUUUAAUCAAACAUCACACUGAUCUGAUACCGACAUCGACCAAGUGCUCGCACUCACAAGUCUUAGCCUUUCGGAGGGAGAAACACUGACUCACACAAACAUUCCCUUUGGUUUUAAUUCCAACCCCCCUCUGUGUGUUUCCCUUCACUUUUACCUCAUUUUGCCUCCUCCUUUUUUUAAGCUGUCUCAUUCCUCUGUGCUUUUUACUACAACAUGUUUCCCCAUCCGUCAUUGCUGUGCCAGUUUGUGAGAGAUCUGGUGGAGACCCUGUCAUGACUCUAAGGGGCGCACAGAUCCAACUUUUACAGCCCUGUUAGUAAAACAUUAACUUUGGGUAUCAUUCAAUUACAAAUGAACUCAGACAAUAUGAGUAUUUAAUUGGUUUCUGUCAGCUGGUAUUUUGCAGAACUGGUCAAAGUUUGUAGAUAUUGCUAUUAGCAGUAUGAAAAACUUUAAAACAGCUGAUAAUCAAGGCUCUCUAUGCACAAUACCCAAUCCAACUAAUCGAAAUGAUUGUUGUUCACAUUGAUAACCAUGUCAGAUUGUAUAUCCCUACUUUUGGAUCAGGCUAGGAUAGACAUAUUGUCCUUUUGCUGUGAAUUGACCUGCUUACUUUUGAUGCACGGGUCUGAAUCAUCAGAAAGAAAUUCGAUCAGUCUCAAAGCUCAUUUAAACAGAGACAAUCUAUCUCCUGUCUCUGGGCUUCUUGCCAAACAAAAAAAAUCACAAAAUUUCUUGAGGUGAAAUUCAAUCUGACUGCCUGUCCGUCUUGAUUUAAGUCGUUCUCCACCACUAAGUCUCGCUGACAGUCCUGCACAGCUUGUCAGGGUGUUACAUGGGUGACCACUUACCUGUAAAUGUUGAAACCAACAGAAAAGGACCCGUAUGACUCACUGGUGAUUGUGAAAAAGCAUCUUGAAAUCUGAAUUUUAAUCCAGUUGAAAUAAAACUAACCGAUUGACAUCCUCGCCACCCUGUGCUUUUUAUUUCCAAGCUCCCUCACCUGCAUGUUGGCUGUUUCUUUCUGCUUUGUGUGAUUCUUUCUGCAGAACUGCCUCAUCGGAGAUUCUUUGUUUUCGUAUUUAGAUUGUAAGCUCAGAGGGGAACGGCUGACCAGAAUGAGUUGCAUGAAAUAAUGCCUCUAUCUGGAUGGUUGCAGGCCCUCACAGACUGUACACCAUGAGUCGUUUCACUGUUCCUUCCCUGUUUGAAACAUCUUUACACAUCCAAGUGCAUCAGUACCACCUUCACCAACCAUAAAAAACUCCUCCCUCUGUAUCUUUUCCCGCUGCAUCAGAGCAGAGUUUUAAUUAAUCCCCCUGAAAACCGAAGAAAAUAUCUAAUCCCCAGCUCCCUCCUUUGUCAACUAACUGUAACCCACUAAUAGAUAAUAAAAGGUCAGAUUUUAAACUAAACUCAACUCUACUAUGGUUCACUUCUUUAAAAAAAAUAGGCUUUACAAUGGGAGGGCUUUGGCAAAGAGCUGUUCUAACAUGACUGAAGGGUGAUUUUAUCUAAAGUAAUCUUGAACAACUUGAGACCCUUGGACAGAGGAGUGUAACUUUUAGGAGUCAUGUGUGCUUAAAACAUCUAUCAGGUGUAUUACAUUUUCCUUUUUGUGAAUGUUCAUUUUGCUCUUGACAUUCCCUGACCCCUCUUCUCUAACCUGAUUGGAAAAAAGAAAACUUGAGGUGGAAACGGAGAAAAGACAUCUUUUUUGAUUGUUGUACACUAAUCAAUGAAUGUCUCUUUUAUUUCCUCGAGUCCUUACAUAUUUGCUUCCUUUAACUUUUUAUUCUUUUCUCCUCUUGUGGCCAUUUUUUAUUAUUCCAACAUUUACCCCCAUGUGACAACAUUGCACUGUCCUGUGUGUUUUCUCCUGGGUUCUAUGUUGUCAUAUGUAUUUUCUAUUUUUUUUUAUUUUUUUUUGUUAUUGGACUUGUGUUUUGUUGUGUUUUGUCAUUGUUGUCAUCUCAACCUUUUUUGUGUCUGUUAUAAUGAUUUGGAUGAAAUAACAUGUUGAGGUGAGACUGGAGGUCUCUCCACUUCUUUGUUUCCAAAACACCUGUUAUGCGGAAUAAAUGACCCAAAAAGUC